AUGCCUGCGCUGCCCGUUCUCAUUCUUGUCGCUGCUCCUCAGAACCCAACUUCAAUCAUGGCCGAGCAACACAUUGAGGCAGUGCAGCUCGACGACCUGGCCGCCUCGCAGGAUGUUGUCGUCAACGUCAACUUUCGUGAAAGUCAGACGGAUGACACCCUCGAGCGCAUGCGCCAACCCGAUCCGGCUGGUCCCCAAGGGUCGCAACACGACCACGCCCCGCCCUCCUACAACCCGGCCCCGCGCUACAUGGGUGACGAUUCGACCACGGGCACAGGUACCAGCCACAGGCCCCGGCAACCCAAGUUGGAAAAAGGAUCCUCAACCACAACUCACAUCGACAUGGUUCCCAUCUGCCUAGAACUUACCUCGGCCGAGCGCGUCGAAGAUCCGCUUUCAGAGGAUGAAGAAUUUGCCGGCGCCUUUCACGACCCCCGCCCCAGCAGUCAUCGGUUUCGAGAACUGGUCGCGGGCAUGCCCAGCCGUCGCCCGGGCAUGCAAGAGGUUCAACAAGAGCUUGCCAACCAAAAAAGCUUGCGCCGGCGUACCGAUUUUAGCCUGCGCCAUCUGGACUCGGAAGUGCUCGAGCUCCUUGAUCGCAGAACAAGCGAGGCCAAUGACUCGGCUGACUUUUCGCGGCGGCUCUCCGCCUCCAUCCGAGCUCGCUCGCACCGCAACUCCUCCCAGACCAUGCGCCGCAAAACCCAGUUUGAUGCAGAGCUCGUCAAACACAUUGAUCAUAUCAAGCAAGAGCCACGCCGCAUGAGCGCCAAACUCAAUGUCUACCGGUUUGUUCUGUCCACACCAUCGACUCCUGUCGUCGCCACCAUCCACAUCCUUGACUGCUCUCUGACACACCCCUCACGUGGCUCCCCGGCCCGUUCAGCGACGAACAACACGAGCUUGAGCAAAACCUCGAACUUAUUUCGGGCUGGCAACUCUGGCCGUCAUGGUCAGGCCGUGGGUACCUACUUUCGCUUCUUGCGCUCAACUUUUAUGCAGAGUCUGCUUAUGGGCGUUCUCUACGCCGCCUUUGUCGUCAUUCCAGCGUCCCUCAAUUACAGCGCUUACUUCAUCGGCUCGUAUAUGACUGAAACCGAGUACGACAAUGCCGAGGAGUUUGAUGAUGGCUACUACAUCCCCUUGGCUUACAUCCUUGUCACAGGCAUCUCGAUCCUGCUGAUCAUUCUCUACAUUCUUGUGCGCUUGGCAAACAACAUUUACAACAUGACCAACUACGUCGACGAGGGCCAGACCCCCAUCUCGCAGAUUGUGUUUACCGGCUACGAUCACACCGUAUUUGACCCCCUCUCCGUCAAAUUACAACGCGUCGCUCUGCGCCGCCUGCUCAUGUGUGCUGACGUCGCGGGUGUACACGCUUGCCCAAUCAAGGCUGUGCCCAUUUCCUUUGAAAUCUUGGCCCGGAAAGAGGAUUGGCGCACGCCGCUGGAAGGCAUCCAAUGGACCAUUGGCCGGAGCAUCAUCUUGCGUAUCGGCAGUCUCUACGCAUUUUUCUACACCUACUUCAUCAAUCGCGGCAAUCGCAUGUGCUGGGAAACCUAUGUCGGGCAACAAGUUUAUACAUUUGUGGUCAUCAACUUUAUCGUCGAGAUCAUGACUUCGCUUUUCAUCGACCCUGUGCGCAAGGCCCUUUACGAGAAGACGACCUGGUUUCGAAAGGUUGUGCCCUCGGGCUUUGAGAUGGACAAUGCUGAUCGCUGGAUUGAGGCUGGGGCGCUGACGGGUGCCACCUGUUCCUCAAACACGCACACGUGCGCAGACUGCUUGGUGGAAGACUUCAAUGCCUCUGAGACUGUGUGUUUGCUGCAAGAGGAAGGGCCCUAUAGUGCGGGCGUGGCAACCACGCUUGGGGAGCUGUGUGCUGUGUGUCCGUCUGGCUGCGGCCCCUUUCGACAUCAAUUGUCAGCCAUGACAGUGCUGUUGGACGAGUAUGCGACCUGGCCUUCGCGCGUCAAGCAAAUUUUUGACUACAUGGGGACUGUGGCGUUUGCCAUGGUCAUCAUCUUCAUGCUCGUCACUUGGAUUCUAAUUAUCAAAUCCCGUCUAUCAGCCGAGCGCCGUGUCAUUGCGCGCCUUCAAGUGGAACGCGACAUGGAGCGCCUGGAUAAGCGAUGGAUUUUGCGAAAGUUUGCCAUCACCUUUGAGGCAGAGCAGGGCCCCAACUUUGAGAACAUGGGCCGAGGCCCCGUAAAAUGGCUUCAAGAGUUCAUCGCGGCCAGCCUGGCCCUGCCGCUGUCAUAUCACGAGCUGAUCCGCAAAUCGGUCGAGCUUUACUGUUCAUGGCUCCAGCUACACGCCAAUACCCCAGAACCCGUGAUUAACGACCCCAACGUCUUCUCCAUCACCAUUGUCCACCACCUCAGCCAGUUGUUUCGCACAGACGUUGCCGCUACGACUGCCCUCACCCCAAAACAUGUCGCCCUCUGCAAACGGCAACCCCGGGCUUGGUUUCUUCUGGGCAUACGACUCACAUAUCCCAUCCUUUUGACCACACCCAGAACCUUUUCUGGAGAUGAUGCACGGCCUCAAUACAAUUGCCUCCGACUUGCUAACCGUCCCACAUGGCGUGCCCCCACCCAGGAUCUGUUGGAUCGCAUUUUCGCCCUCGUCAUUCGUGGCCUUCGUCAUCCCUCAAUCCUACGCCAAGUCAUCCCUAAUCUGGACGGCAUAUUCUUGCUGGACGUCCCUGGCCUUCUGAUUCUGGUCCUCCCGAUUGUAUCAGCCUGCCGCAUGGUAUUGUGUGGCGAGGACAAGAGCUUUGGCCCUCGCCUGCGCCGUGCAGCUAUUUCUUUGCUUGAGAGCAUGAUCUGUCUUCCCCUCCACUACCCUGAUGUGGAGCUACCCACAUUUGCUGGCACCGAUUUGAACCAAGCCGCUGACUCCCAGCUCAAUCUCAGCGUAGUGACCGUGCGCAUUGGAGACAUUCUCCUCGAAGGCAUUCGCAAAGAAGCUGAUGCCAUCAACAUGCUGGCGUAUUUUCGAGCUCUGCAACUACUGGCCGCCGAGGACGAGUCGGUGCGUGCCACCAUGAGAGUGCAUGCGCGUGAUCGCGUGGCGCCGGUUUGGCUCUCGCCCGCCACACGCCGUCGCAAUUUGGCAGACAGCGUGCUCACGUUCCUGCGCACAGUUGUGGACUACAUUACCGAAGCACUGCAGCAGCCACCACCCAAGCAAACGCGCUAUCUCCACUCCAUCAUUGUGGCAGCCUUCCAUUGCCUAAUGGCUUGGCUACGUCAGGAUAAGCUUCUUGUGAAACGCGAUGAAUACCGAAAUCUUUUGCUCAAGGCCGUGGCGGCCGGCUUUAUGGGAAAACCAGCUCGCGAGCGACGAGGUAGCGACGCGGCAGCUAUGAUUGCUAGCUGGUCCAUUGUCAAGGACGGCAUGCAUCGGCUCCACAACAAAGAAGCCACACCCACGGGCUCACCAUCACUACGUGUGCAAGAAGCUGCGAGCUUGCUCCUCAUGAACAUCCUCGCAACAGGCCGAUGCACGGCCACGCUUCAACCAGAAGCGUCUGCGCCCGAUCAUCUCGAACGCAUGGCUGCUGCUCUUGCCACGGGAGCUACGGACAGCGCCUCUGUCUCAGUAUGGGGCUUGGGCAGUCACACCUUGGCCACCGUGAUCGAGGAUCCUCAAAAUGCCGGCAGUGGCGAAAGUUCCCUUUUUUCGGAUCAGCUUAUCGUCCUCCGCGACCUUGCAGGAACUCACGUCUACAGCGUUCGACCACACAUGCAAUCCGAACCGCCCGCCUCUGCAAACUCGUCUUCGCCGAGCAAGAGCCCUGGCAGCUGCACUGUCGUGCCGAAGACCAGUACCAACCGCAUAUCGGUCUUUACUCGCUCCGAAUUUGAUGGCAUCCUGAGCACGCAUGCUGUACAAGCCCCGAUUGACGAUCCCAAUAGUCGCGAGCGUCAAGCUUGGAGACAUGGGCGCCAGCACGUGGCGCAUCUCACCAAUCAGCAACUUCGCAAUGAACAAUCUUGUGGGAUCGAUGAGCCGCCACCAGCAUGUCGGCGCCGGCAUGCUGUGGCCACCAUGCUGCUCCGCAACAUGUUUCUUGGCGUGGAUCGCGGCGAUCCCCCCAUUACAUCGUUGGUGCGCCUCAAAGUGGACACCACCUUGAUUGGCGACAUCCAACGUUUAGACCGGACGCGCGGCCAUGGCGUGGUGAUGGCACACAUCCACCGCUGUGGCAAGGCAGCCGGACGGCUCGAGUUUGAGCAGUUUGUUGAAGAUUUAACCCGCCAGAGUCCGCUGGGAUAUCGGGCGCUGUCCCGCCCCGAUGAUGACCGAGUAUAUUUAUCGCCGUCAUUCUAUCUCAAGUGCGUAGUCAUGCCAGCGGGCGCUCCGCCUGUGGAGGCCAUUGUGGCAGGCAAUGACUUGACUUUGGAGCAAGAGGGUGGCGAAUCGCUGGUGGACGUGCCCAGCGAUCCAGUUUUACUGAGGAUGAACCUCUUCUGGUAUGAUGCACCUGGCGACAUGGGUGCCAACGCGGGACGACCGGGCGUGCACGUCGCCCCCCUUCCCAAUGGCCUCUACGUCCUAGAGCUCAAUGAUGUCGUCAAGUCGAGCAUGCUAGUCAGCGACCGUACGCUGGUGGAGAUGAUCCGGAAUCACCUCAACUCGGAAUGUUUGUUGUCUUGGGUGGGUCUGGACCACACCACCUGGCCCACCGUGGGUCGUAAGAGGCUGAUUGAAAAGCUAAUCACGUCGGCCCCUAGUCAAUAUGAUCGACUCUGA